AUGGACGGCCAUGGUCACUGCCAAGAGAACCAACAGCAGCAGCAGCGCCAGGACGGCGCGGUUUCACCUGAGUCUCAAUCGCCCGCCCUUUCUUUCAGUGGACUGUCGUAUGAAGAAUGCAGGAGCGUGUUCUUCUCACCCAAUGCCCGUAGCUCUACCGACCCUCAUCUGCCAUCUUUCUGGUUCCAUCCUACCACCCACCACACUGCUGUCCUCGCUUCCACUGCCGCCUCCAAUGCUCCCUUCUCCAGGUCGCCUUUCUCCGCUGCCACUUCUCCCCCCAAAGUUGCUGCUCUCCCAAAUUUCAUUCCUGUUCCCAAUACCGCCGCUCUCUCAAAUGACUCUGUGGCGACCAACACAGCGACAUACGCCAGAGCAGCAGCGCUCAGCCUGCCCAUGAAGAGAGCACGGGAGGAGAUGAGCUCUCUCACGGCCAACCAGCCCCUCCUGUCGAAUGCCUCCCGGGAUGAGCUUGGGCUGCCUCGUCGUGUGGCACAGCGGCCUCAGUCCCUAAGGGAGCUGCUUCAGCUGCGCGGCGAGAGGUGCUGGCAGCAGCAAGCUCUGUGGCCUGCGGUGGGGUCGGAGAGAGCCUGGUUUGCCCAUCUGCUGCUGGAGGAGCGUCGCCAGCAGCAAGUGGAGAAUGGCGCGGUGCAGCGGGUGUUGUGGCCGCGCGUUGGGUCGGAGAGUGCCCUUCCAGACGACGUGCUGCUGGGGUGCAGCAGCGACGACCCCGCCUUCAUCCAGCGCUCUGCUCUGUCUGCUCCUCCGCCCACCCAGCCACACGCAGCGCUGCCAGCGCCAAUGCCCUCCCAACUCGCUGCCGGGCCUUAUUCUGCUCUGUGCAUUGAUGAUUUCAAGCCCUGCAUUGGCGAUUCCAAGCCCUGCUGUGGGGAUGUGGCUCCGUGCGUUGAAGAUGCGCCCCCUGCUGACGCCCGUGCUGCUGUACAGCAGCUGGCCCAGUCCGUCGACUCCUGCAGCCAGGAGCACGGCAACAGCUACGCGCAUGACAGCAAGAGCGAUGUGCAUGCACACGGCAGCAGUAACCACGACAUCCCAGUGCAGGGCAACAGCAAUGUGCCCUACGGCAGGAGCGAGAGCCUCUUUCUCGACGCGCCCGUCUCCCACCUGUGCCUCGCUGAGCCUGCCUCCACGCCCCUGACAGGUGAGAGCCCGGCACCUCCAGGGGGUGGGGUGGCUCUGCCGGAGUGGGCGGUGGAGCAGGGCGGGACCCACGAGGGAGGUGUUCAAUCACACAAGGAUCAUCGGCAGCUCCUGGGCGGUCAUCACCGGCAACAACUGAGCAGUCACCAGUUGCAGCAUCUGAGCAAUUACCAGCAUUGCCCUCAUGUGAUUGCCCUGCCGACCCCCGUGAAGAGAGCGGUGGGCGACGUUGGUGAUGCCCUGGGAGGUGAUUCUGCUUCCUGGGAGAGCUCCUUCCCUCCCGGGCUCAAUUCAGAUGUGCCUUCUGCAAGCAGUCUGCUUGGGCUCGGAGAAACAGCUGAUUUGAAGGUGGAGGACGGCUGGAGAAUGGACAUGCCUGGUGUCAACUCUGUGCCGGAGCAUGGCAGCACGGCAGCGGGGGUGCGCACGUCGCAACUGCUGCGCGUCCUGGCGGGGGAAACCGGCGGAGGUGGGGGCAGCGCGGGUGAGGGGAGCGCGAAUCGACUGCACUUCAUGAGCCCGGCGAGGAGAAACGUGUAUUCGCAGGAGCUGGAGGCAGCAGGCAUUGCCACGUACCAGUGUGCGCCCAACAGGUGCCUCGAUGGGGGCAGCAGGCAUUGCCACAUACCAGUGUGCGCCCAACAGGUGAUAUUUCAGGUGCCUCGAUGGGGGCAGCAGGCAUUGCCACGUACCAGUGUGCGCCCAACAGGUGAUAUUUCAGGUGCCUCGAUGGGGGCAGCAGGCAUUGCCACGUACCUGUGUGCGCCCAACAGGGCGGCGGAGUUCCACGCGGUGCUGGACGCCGUGCACCCCACCAUUGCCGUCUUUGACAGGUUCACGAGCGAGGAGGCCUUUUCCUUCCGCGUGAGGCAGCGCUGCCCCGCCUGUCUGCUCGUGCUCGACACACAGGACCUGCACUUCCUCCGGGUGGGUAACGUGCGGCAGGCGGGGCGGCAGCAGGUGAUAUCUGAGGGGGUCUCUAUCAGGGACGCGCUACACCACGUACCUGAUACAAGAAGCAGGGAGCUGCUGCGCGAACUGGCAUCCAUGCACCGCUGUGACCUCACUCUGCUGUGUUCACAGGCGGAGCUCGCUCUCCUCGCGCGCUGCUACGCCUUCCCGCCCCACAAGCUUGCCCUCGCCUCCUUCUUCUAUGAUUCACCCGAGACAGUGCCAGGUGGGGCAGUGGGAGGUGGGGCAGUGGGAGGUGGGGCGGACAGGAUCGCAGGUUCCACCUCCCCCUGUGCCGCCCCCACACCGUCCCCCUGGGAGCAGCGGCAGCACUGUGUCGUGCUGGGCACGUUCCGCCACGCGCCCAACGUGGACGCUGUCUCCUGGCUCGCCUCCCACGUCUGGCCUCUCAUUCGCGCCCAGCUACCAAUGGCAGAGUGCCACGUGUACGGCUCCUACGUCACAGCAACCAUCUCGUCCCUGCACGACCCCUCCUCUGGCUUCAUCAUUCGCGGCCACGCCCCCUCCCUUCACAUGCUCGCCUCCUACCGAGUGCUGCUGGCGCCGCUGCGCUACGGGGCGGGCAUAAAGGGCAAGGUCCUCGACAGCUGGCGCCACGGCACGCCCGUCGUCACCACCCCCAUCGGCGCCGAGGGCAUGGGCGGUGGGGGGGGAGGGGAAGGGGGGGAAGAGCCAGGGGAGGGGGACAAGGGGAUGACAGAGGGGGCGGGAGAAGGGGAUGGGGGGAAGCAGGGGGGCGGGCCUCAGCAGUGGGAGAGGGGGCAGCAGUGGGGGGGGCUGUGUGGGGCGGGGGAUGCGGAGGCGUUAGCAGCGGAUGCGGUGCGGCUGUACAGCGACCCUCACCUCUGGACCACUUGUCAAUCCGCGGGCCGCACCAUCCUCCACCAGCAGUUUGGCAUGCUCUCCAACGCACCCGCGCUGCUUGCCGCUCUGUCUGCUGCCAAGAAAAACAUGCGUGAUAACAGAAUGCGUGACUAUACUGGGGCCAUCUUGUGGCAUGACAGCAACAGGGCGACCGAGUAUUUUUCGCGGUGGAUUGAGCUCAAAGAAAUGGGUGCAAGAUCACCACAGUGA